AUGGGUCCAGUGUGGCUGUGGCUACUGGUAGCCGAGGUCCUACUUCCUGUCCAUUGUCAGCCAUUUUCUGCCCAUGGAGAUAAGAGUCUGGGGGCACCUCGGCCAUCCAGCCACCAGCCCCUGGAGCCAGCACCCGCCUAUCACAAGGUCACACCCACCAUUACAAAUUUUGCUUUGCGUCUAUACAAGCAACUGGCAGAGGAAGUGCCAGGGAAUAUCCUCUUCUCCCCCGUGAGCCUCUCCAGCAGCGUGGCUCUGCUCUCUCUCGGGGCCCAUGCGGACACCCAGGCUCAAAUUCUGGAGAGCCUGGGCUUCAACCUCACAGAGACCCCAGCAGCUGACAUCCACCGGGGCUUCCAGAGCCUCCUGCACACACUUGACCAGCCCAGCCCCAAGCUGGAACUGAAACUGGGUCAUUCCCUGUUCCUAGACAGACGGCUGAAGCCUCAGCAACGCUUUCUGGACAGUGCCAGGGAACUGUAUGGAGCGCUGGCCUUUUCUGCCAACUUCUCAGAAGCAGCUGCCACGGGGCAGCAGAUCAAUGACCUGGUACGGAAGCAGACCUACGGGCAGGUGGCGAGCUGUCUCCCGGAGUUCGGCCAUGGCACGUUUAUGGUUCUCUUAAACUACAUCUUCUUCAAAGCCAAGUGGAAGCACCCUUUUGAUCGCUACCAGACCCAGAAGCAGGAGACCUUCUUCCUGGACCAGAGGACGCCGCUCCGCAUCCCCAUGAUGCGGCAGAAGGAAAUGCACAGGUUCCUGUAUGACCAGGAAGCAUCGUGCACUGUCCUCCAGAUCGAGUACAGCGGCACCGCCUUGCUGCUGCUGGUCCUCCCUGACCCUGGGAAGAUGCAGCAGGUAGAGGCUGCCCUCCAGCCAGAGACGCUGAGAAGGUGGGGCGCGCGGUUCCUGCCCAGUUUGUUGGAUUUGCACCUGCCGAGGUUUUCAAUUUCCACAACCUACAACCUGGAAGAGAUCCUGCCCCUCGUUGGCCUCGGCAACCUGCUCGACAUGGAAGCUGACCUAUCAGGAAUUAUGGGGCGACUCAACAAAACUGUCUCCAGGGUGUCACACAAGGCCGUGGUGGACAUGAACGAGAAGGGAACGGAGGCCGCAGCUGCCUCUGGCCUCCUCUCCCAGCCUCCGUCCCUGAACAUGACGUCAGCCCGACACGCCCACUUCAGCAGGCCCUUCCUGCUUCUGCUCUGGGAGGUGACCACCCAGAGUCUGCUCUUCUUGGGGAAAGUGGUCAACCCAGCCGCCGGGUAA